GACAGUAUUUGCUAAAUGGAAAAAGGAGUAAACUGUGACAGCUAUAUUGUGCGAGUCAAAGCUGUGGUUAUGACCCGGGAUGACUCCAGUGGGGGAUGGUUACCGCAAGAAGGAGGCGGUCUCAGUAAAGUUGGUGUCUGCAAGGUCAUGUACCCAGAGGGUAAUGGAAGAAGUGGAUUCCUAAUCCAUGGGGAAAGGCAAAAAGACAAACUGGUGGUAUUGGAAUGCUUUGUAAAAAAGGACUUGGUCUACACUAAAGCAAAUCCUACAUUUCAUCACUGGAAAGUCGACAACAGGAAGUUUGGGCUCACUUUUCAAAGUCCUGCCGAUGCACGAGCCUUUGAUAGAGGACUGCGGAAAGCAAUUGAAGACCUCAAUGAAGGAUCCACUACUUCCUCUUCAACGAUCCACAAUGAGGCUGAGAUUGGUGAUGAUGAUGUCUUCACAAAUGCUACAGACAGCUCUUCUAAUUCUUCUCAAAAAAGGGAACAGCCUCUGCGGACACUAGCCUCUCCCACAUCCUGCGAACAUCGCAGAAUUUGCACUCAUGGGCACCUUCAUGACCAGUAUAGCUCCGACCACUACCAACUAGAACAACAUUCAAUGCCAAGGCCCUAUCGACACGUCAGCUUUCCAGAUGAUGAUGAGGAGAUAGUGCGCAUUAACCCUCGGGAAAAGAUUUGGAUGACUGGUUAUGAGGACUACCGCCAUGCCCCGUCGCGGGGGAAGUACAUCGAUGCUGAUGACAUGGACUCGUAUGUACGUUUUGCCAAAAGUGAUGCCUCAAAACACGAUUACAAUUAUCCUUACGUAGACAGCUCAGACUUUGACCCGGGUGAAAAUAUAAAGGGUGCUGUGAUAAAGACUCAGCCUGUCAAGUUCAAACCACGACGGAAGGAAGAUGGAGAGAGAUCGCGGUGUGUAUAUUGCAGGGACAUAUUCAAUCAUGAGGAAAACAGGCGGGGUCAGUGUCAGGACGCACCAGACCGCGUCAGAAGCUGCAUCCGUCGUGUCAGCUGUAUGUGGUGUGCGGACAGUAUGCUCUAUCACUGUAUGUCUGAUCCAGAAGGAGACUAUACAGACCCUUGUUCCUGUGACACCAGUGAUGAAAAGUUUUGCCUCCGGUGGAUGGCCCUUAUCGCCUUGUCCUUCUUUGCCCCAUGUAUGUGCUGUUACUUGCCCCUUCGGGCUUGUUACCACUGCGGGGUUAUGUGCAGGUGCUGUGGUGGGAAACACAAAGCAGCUGGAUGACUACACACAAGUUUAAAUUGUGUGAUGCUUUCCCGGUAGUUAAGGAGCACGUUGGUGUAGAGCAUUUAAAUCCUUUAUAUUUUGAUGCAGCCAGUGUGCCCAACAGAGUCCAGAAACCAGCUGGAUCAUUUGUUUGGUUUUUCAGCGGCAACUCUGCAUUGAUUUGCUCUUCAAGUGUUCUAACAAACUAACCUACAGUGUAGACUUUUGUAUUAUUAAUCAGUAAUUAGACAGAAUGUCGUGUACAUGUUUAUAUUUUUUUCAGUUAAAAAAGGACUCGGAUUUGAACUGUGGAUGGUGGUGGAUUUUAGAACAUCUCUAAUGUGGACGUGUCUUGCCAUAGCUUGCCUUGAGCAAUGCCAUCUAUACCUAGCAAGUAUUGGCACUUUGAGAAAUGUGGUGUAAUGGAAUGAAAUCCCACCCAAGAAAGUAUUUUAACCUGCGAUCUGUUAUUAUAUGUAUAGAAGGUGUUCUAGUAACAAACUUGUACCACAACACAAUACUGCUGUCACUGUCCGUUUUUUUAAAGCCAAAAUAUUCAUGUAAGCUGCAGUUUCUCUUUAAAGUCCCUAAUCAUUUCUUUUGGCAAACAUCUUAAAUUAUUUCUCUGAUGUUAAAGUUCAAAUAAUAAGUUAAUAUGGGGAAUGAGCCUUAUUUUCAGUUAACUUUUGAGACUCUGAUAGUUGUCCAAGCUACAUUUAUUUCAGACCAAUACUUGAAAGGAAAAUUUAAAUGUAGGGUUUUUUUUCUUAAAUAAUUUUGCAAAUAAAACUUCAGUUUUGGAAUUCUACAUAACAGAAAGGAACUUUUCAUUACCCUGCUAUGUGUUUAUUUGAGAAUAAAACACUAAUAUUUCAGUUGAAUAAAAUUUUUUCGUAUUAUGCAAAAAAUCAACGUGAUACCUAGCGCAUCCACAAUAGUAGUACUAUAAUCCAUUGUGAUUUUGAGAAACCUUGGGCAAAUGGUGGAUUUAAAAUAUUUUUCAAUUGAAUUUUGUUCUAUAAAAUAAAUACACGUGCAUGAGAAUUUUACAUUCACACUGAAAUCCACAUAUUAGAGUAACUCUAAAUAGGUAUUUAAAAUAAAAGUCUAAAUUUAACUGCCACUCCCAUUUCCUGAUUUAGGGCUUGUUUACACUAGAUGGAGGACCGAUCCUGCGGGCAUCAAUCCACCAGCAGUCGAUAUAUUGUGUCUACUUAGAUGCGAUAAAUCGACCUCCAAGCGCUCUCCCAUUGACUUCCAUACUCCACCAGGAUGAGAAGAAUAGCCGGAGUCAAUGAGAAAGGAAGCAGGCCCUGCUGAGUUUACUGUGUAGAAGACACCAUAAGUGUGUCAACUUCAACUACACUAUUUGUGUAGCUGAAGUUGCAACGGUUGGAUUGACUGAGAGUAGGGGGAGUUAGUGUAGACGAGUCCUAAGGACCUGACCCUGCAGAUGCUUAUGCAUGUGCAAUUUUUAUACACGUGAGUAGUUCAAUUGAUUUCAGAAGCACUUACUCACAUAGGCAACGUUAAUCAUAUGAUUAAGUGUUUGCAUGAUCAGGGCCCAAUUGUCUCCUGCACCCACCUCCUCUUAGUUCACACCCAGAUCUAGCAAGUGGAUCCAGAGGGUUGUGUUAUGCAUACAUUAUGACGAGAAUACAAAACAAUUAAUGUCAUGUCUUGUGUACAAGGCUUGUAAUUAGCUGGGAAAAGAAUAUUUUUCUAAUAUAUUACAAGGAAUAGCCAAAUAAUUUUUAUUAAAGAAAGAUUUAGAGCAGUUAGCUAUAACUAGCAUAGUACAAUCUGAAUAUUUUGAGGCAGCUAGGGAUUGGCUUGUCAAAGCUGGCACUGCUGUUCCUGCCAUAAUUUUUUUUCUGCAGUAAAUUGCCAGUGGGUGCAUGCCCCUUCCCUCCCUCUUAUUGCACAUUGACAUCAGUCUUAAAGGAAAGGAACUUUUUAUUUUUGCCAAGUAGAUUUAAGAAAUGCUUGCCAUUCUUUCGAGUAGGAAUGUUCCAGCAGUUCCUCUGAGAGCUAAUCACAGCUUUUUUGUAAACCAUCCGUAAUUAUGCAACGUGCUUGUAGACUCUAGAGUUUGGUAAACUGAUUUUGCAGCAGUUGCUGGGUCUAGGUUUAAAAAAUCGAAUUGUAAUAGAAAGGGAUGGCUUUUGCUCUUGGUGUAACAUGACUGGGUUCACUAAAUGAAAUAUUAAUAUUUUGUGCCUGAUCGCAAAUGACAAAUCUCUCAAUGGUGUCUAGUAAACAUCAAGCCAGCCUCAAAAAGAUGUGAUAGAACAAUCUUCUUUUUUUUUUUUUUCAAAAGUUGUUUCAUAUAAACGAACAUCUGUAAGGUCUUGCCUCUUACAAAGCACAACACUACGAAGAGAUCUUACAGUUUUUCUUGCGUCUCUACUAAGUGCCCCCUAUUUAUUUAACUAAAUCAGACAUACUCCCAGCCUUUAUGUAUGUCCUCUUUUUUAAAAUCCCUCUUCCUUAACCCUUUUGGAUUCUGUAAUACUUGCAGAUUUUGUUACGCCUUUCCCUUUGCUUUGUGAAGGCAGGUGUAAGGGCACAAUGGUAGAAAAUGGAGGGAUUCUUUGUAAAUAUUUCUCAAUGAUCUCCACACUGCUGCUGAACAGUGUGUAGUGUUUUCCCAGUCAGCUUUGCAAUACUGACAUCAAUCAUUUGAGAGAGAUUCUCCAGAUUUUAUUUUUGUAUCUGUGGUAACAACACAUUAACCAAAACUUUUUUUUUCAGUUGUGAAAAGGUUUUUUUCAAGCUAUUGCUCUCACAUUAACAAAUUAAAGUGCCUCAAGCCUACAUCCAUAAUGUACCUGUAUACUAAAAGUUAAAACCCUGUUGUAUUGAUUUUUAUAAGCCUUUAUACCUCUGUGUAAAAAAUAUAUAUACAAGUGUAUGAUGUACAUUUUAGUUAACUUCUUUUUUUAUUGUUUCUAAUAUGUAUGAUCAGCGUAGCCCAUGUAAAUAUAAAUACAUCGUA